UCUUCCUAAUAUCUUCAGUUAGCGUGGACCCAGUGUGACACGCACAGAGGACAUUAAGCCCAUCCACAGCUUCCUGGAGAGUUGUUUGAGAGGCCCCAGACGCCAUUAGCCACUGUGCAAAGCUUGCAAGCUUGGGGUCAAAGACGCGCACCUACCUCACGCAGCUAAAGGAGAGCCUGAAGCAACUAUCAAGAGGAGAGAUAUAAAGGAGCUUGUAACCACAAGCUUGAGCUAGCUCACAGCCUUAGCCAUGACAUCUACUGGAGCAGCAAAUAUGGCCACUGAAGAUACUGAAACAAUAUCUCUGAUGGAGGAAUUGAAAUCUAAUGAUAUGUCUGACCCCUCCACUGAUAGCCUCAACUCUCUGCUGGCUAACCUGGGAGCCUCCACUGGACAACUAUCUAAACUCUCAGAGCUCCCAAUAUUGCCCAACAACAUGCUCCUAGUGAAUGCUGCUCUCUCUAGUCUGUCCUCCAUUCAACCACUGGACACACUCAUGAAUGAAACAUUUGAUCAAUCGAUGCUAACACCGUCCGCUGCAAGCAACAACCAAUCGUCAGUAUCUACUAACAUUCCUGUUACGAGCGUAGAGCAAGACACACAUUUAUCAUCAAUGAUAGCUGCUGCCUCUCAGCUUGUAGCCGCCUCUAACACUAUACCAGUCACUUCAAGUCAACCAAGAGUAUCUGCAAUGGACAUUUCCGUGUUCACCUCUUUGCUAAACCUGUUGCCAUCAGUAAACCAACCCACAGUGACUUCUACCAUACCUGUGAAUGUGACUACUCCUAGUGUCAAUGCUAUUAUGGCCCCCCCACUGCCGCUAGCUCCCCCACAAUCAAUGGCCCCCCCGCAGGUGAUGGCCCCCUCACAGUCAAUGCCCCCCCCACAGGCGAUGGCCCCCUCACAGACAAUGGCCCCCCCACAGGUGAUGGCCCCCUCACAGUCAAUGGCCCCCCCACAAGCGAUGGCCCCCUCACAGACAAUGCCCCUCCCACAAUCAAUGGCCCCCCCACAGACAAUGGCCCCCCCAAUUGUACAGCCAGUGACUAGCGCAGGUCCUCCUAGGGUAGUCUCCAUUAUUCCUCAGGCUAUUAUUAGACCUUCUCCUGUGAUGUCUGUCAAAUCCCCUCCUUCUGUUGUCAGUCCUCUGCUUACCAACACUGUACGACCUCCACACGUACCCAAGCCAGUGAAGGCUCUUCUAAUACCCCCCUCCUCCGCGGCACCCACUAUACCUCAGAUAGUGGCCUCCUCUAAUUCGAGGCCAUUUCCUGGUCAAGUUACAGCUGAGAUACUCACACACUUCAAGCCCCCUGUUACCAAGACAACGCCCCCUCAGGCACGUGUGAGCGCUGGUGAGAUCCUAGCCAGUGUGACUGGCCACAAUGAAGCACGCGCUACACGAGUGGGCACACCAGCAUUGCAGGCACAUGAGCAACUGCUCUCUGAUGAUGAGUCAGACGAGGAGAUGGACACUCAACCACCACCACCACCAGCAACAGGAGACAACCACAUCAUCCCAGCACCAGUACCAGGAGUGACAGUGGUAGCUAGUGAAGGGCCCAGCUCAUCACGCAGUGAUUCACCUUAUGCUGAUGAUGAUGACUCAUUUGCUGACUUCCUGGCUAGAGAGGUUCAUGAGAGUGCACUAGAGAGGAGAGGGUCCUCUAGCUCACGCUCCCCCACACCAUCACUGGCUGACAUCACCUCACGUCUACAAGCUGGACAAGGACUGAGCAGGUUUGGAGUGACUGCCUCUUGUCCUCCUGCUCCUGUUCAACUACCAGAGGGCUCUGUCAAUGCAUCUCUGGACAUGACCUCACGAAACUUCCCCAAGAGGAGCAAAUAUGCCCACAGAGCUGCUAUCUCUGCCAUGCAUCCCUACAACAGGACAAGAGGUGGUGGUGCUAGUGUUGCCAAGACUCUGGACCUACUCAAGGCUGUACUGCAAUCAUCCUUCAACAUGGAGGUCAAGAGGUUAUGUGACGAUUACAUGCACAUCUUCAGUCAAGCUGCCUCUAAUGUACGUGACAAUACUGGAGACAGUGUCCCUGAGGCCACCAUACGCCUGUUAGUGUGCAAGAUGAUUGAAGAGGCUCAGCAAGGAUAUAUACAGGGCAAGUGGGAGUUUCCCUAUGGAAAGCUACCUCGGAGUAACAAGGUCGUGACCCCUACAGGCUCUCCAAUGUCCACUAAGAAGUUGAAGGCUGAGAGGGUGGAGUCUCGUUAUGGACCCCCUAAAAGGAUACGUAAACCCCCUGCAGAGAGAGGGGCUGACAAGUCCGCUGUGUGGAAGUGGGGGAUGGACAAGAGGCGACUGGACCCUGGGAAGUGGGAGCCAGAGAAGAUGACUUCUGAUACUGUGUUUUGUCUGGGAGUCAAUGUCAACAAAGCUUUGGGCCACUCAGCCAACAGAGGAAAGGUGUACUAUCUCCACCCUGAGCUAUUCAAGUAUGCCUGUGAUGGUGAUGACAAGACAUGGCUAUAUGAGAACAAGUUCCUGCCAGUACACGGAGGAAAGGCAUUCCUGAUGAUCUUCCAGGAGGUGUCCACUCUAGUCACCACUGAGUCCCUCUACAAGGAUGUGCCAGAUGUGGUUGCCUCAGUAGCAAAGCUGCAGCAGUUCCGAGUGCCUCAGUUUAUGGUGGAUAAAAUGAAGACCUUCAUGAAAUCAGUGCAAGGCUACUUUGCUCAAGAAGCCAAUGGAGCUGCACAAUCCACCAAGCCUUGAGCUAGAACACUGUGAACACAUAUAAUUAUAACUAUUAGGAAUUUUAUAAACUAACUAUAAUUAUCCUUACUCAUCAAUCAUUUUUGUUCAAUUAUCUGUAAACCAUGCAAAAGAGACAUCUGUUAUGUCA